AUGGAUGAUUUGACGUUACUUGAUCUUCUGGAGUGCCCCGUGUGUUUUGAAAAGCUCGACGUCACAGCCAAAGUCCUCCCCUGCCAGCACACCUUCUGCAAACCAUGUCUACAGAGGAUUUUCAAGGCCCGCAAGGAGCCGAGGUGCCCCGAAUGCAGAACCCUGGUCUUCUGCAACAUCGAGGCCCUGCCGGCCAAUCUGCUGCUCGUGCGUCUUCUGGAUGGUGUGCGCGCUGGACAAAGCACCGGGAGGAAGGGCUCCUUCCGCAGGCCCCGUGUGCUGACCUCCCAGGACAGCCGGAAAAGCAGGAACAACCCUAGAGGUCUGCAGUCCAGCGCUUUCCGGCUGGUGCCCAACACCAGGAUCCACAUGGAUGGGGUACCUCGAGCAAAGGCCUUGUGCAGCUACCGAGGGCAGAAUCCUGGUGACCUGAGGUUUAAUAAGGGAGAUGUCAUCCUCCUCCGGAGACAGCUUGAUGAGAACUGGUACCAGGGAGAGAUCAAUGGAGUCAGUGGGGUCUUCCCAGCGAGCUCUGUGGAAGUCAUCAAGCAACUGCCCCAGCCACCCCCGCUCUGUCGUGCCCUCUACAACUUCGACCUUCGAGACAAGGACAAGAGUGAGAACCAGGAUUGUCUGACCUUCCUGAAGGAUGAUAUCAUCACUGUGAUCAGCAGAGUGGAUGAGAACUGGGCAGAAGGCAAGUUAGGAGAUAAAGUAGGCAUCUUCCCUAUCUUGUUUGUGGAGCCAAACCUCACCGCAAGACACCUCCUACAGAUGAACAAAGGCCGUCCGUUAUCCCACACAAAAAACCUGUCUCUGGGGUCCUCAUCCCCGAGAGGCAAAGCAACCGACUCACCCACCCUCCGUAGGGGCCCUGGGUCCAGGAGGAAGGGGCCUGGGCAGUUCUCCAUCACAACAGCCUUGAACACUCUCAACAGGAUGGUCCAUUCUCCCUCAGGACGCCAUAUGGUGGAGAUCAGCCCCCCAGUGCUUAUCAGCUCCAGCAACCCCUCUGUGAUCACUCAGCACAUGGAGAAAGCAGACGUUCCUCCCAGCUCCACUGGGCAGGUCAGCACUUAUCACCCUGCACCUGCCUCCCCAGGACAUUCCACAGCCAUCGUCAGUCUGCCCAGCUCUCAGCAACACCUCUCAGCUAACAUGUUUGUAGCCCUGCACUCAUACUCAGCCCACGGGCCUGAUGAGCUGGACCUACAGAAGGGAGAAGGCAUCAGGGUCCUUGGGAAGUACCAGGAUGGCUGGCUCAGAGGCGUCUCCUUGGUCACUGGGCGAGUCGGGGUCUUCCCAAACAACUAUGUCAUCCCCAUUUUCAGAAGGACAUCUAAUUUUCCAGAGUCCCGGAGCCCUGGUCUCUAUGCCACAUGGACAUUAUCCACCUCUUCUGUGUCCUCCCAAGGCAGCAUUUCAGAAGGUGAUCCCCAGCAAAGCCGUCCCUUCAAAUCCGUCUUUGUGCCCACAGCCAUAGUCAACCCCGUGAGGAGCAGCACAGCCAGCCUGGGGACUGUAGCACAGGGGUCUCUUCGGAAAGGGCGGAGCAGCAUGAGAAAGAAUGGAUCCCUGCAGAGACCUGUUCAGUCAGGGAUCCCCACGCUUGUGGUGGGCUCCCUCAGACGCAGCCCUACCAUGGUUGUGCGGCCGCAGCAGUUCCAAUUCUACCAGCCACAGGGGGUCCCCUCCUCGCCCUCCUUGGUGCCAGUGGAGAUGGGACCCAAGCCUGCUUCCACCGGGGAGCCUGCCCUCACGUGUGUCAGCAGAGGCAACGACACCAGGAUCCACUCUGCGGACAGUUCCCUCAUCAUGGAAGGCAAGGAAAUCCCCAUCAAGAGUGAGCCUCCACUAAAACCACCUGCCUCUGCCCCACCAUCGAUCCUGGUGAAACCAGAAAACUCCAGAAAUGGCACUGAAAAGCAAGUCAAAACCGUGAGAUUUCAAAAUUACAGCCCUCCUCCUACCAAACAUUACACCUCCCAUCCCACCUAUGGAAAGCCUGAACAGCCAGCCACCCCUAAGGGGUCCCAGCCUGAAGCAGCCCCCUUGGGCCCAGAGAUGACUGUCCUAUUCGCCCACCGAAGUGGAUGCCAUUCCGGACAGCAGACAGACCUCCGGAGAAAGUCAACUUUUGGCAAGGCCAUGAUCCCGGUGCCCACUGCCUCAGCUACGCAGACAGUGUUUCCCGGCAAAUGA